AAACGUGGGACAAAUUACAUUGCUCCUGAAAUUUUAAGAGGAGAAGAUUAUGGUUUCAGUGUCGAUUGGUGGGCCCUUGGAGUACUAAUGUUUGAGAUGAUGGCAGGAAGAUCUCCAUUUGAUAUUGUUGGAAGCUCUGAUAACCCUGAUCAAAACACAGAGGAUUAUCUCUUCCAAGUUAUUUUGGAAAAGCAAAUACGCAUACCGCGUUCUCUCUCUGUAAAAGCUGCAAGUGUCCUGAAGAGUUUUCUCAACAAGGACCCAAAGGAACGAUUAGGUUGUCAUCCACAAACAGGAUUUGCUGAUAUUCAGGGACACCCAUUUUUUCGAAAUGUUGAUUGGGAUAUGAUGGAGCAAAAGCAGGUGGUACCUCCCUUUAAACCAAAUAUUUCUGGGGAAUUUGGUUUGGACAACUUCGAUUCUCAGUUUACUAAUGAACCUGUCCAGCUCACUCCAGAUGAUGAUGACAUCGUGAGGAAGAUCGAUCAGUCUGAAUUCGAAGGUUUUGAGUACAUCAAUCCUCUUUUGAUGUCUGCAGAAGAAUGUGUCUGAUCCUCAUUUUCCAGCUAUGCAUUUUGCUUGUGUUGCCAUUUAAUGCAUGAAUAAACUUGUUACCACCUGGGAAAAAAAAAA